CAAAGUCAAGAAUAGAUGUGAUCAGUUCGUGGGAUUUCUCACUUUAGUCGUGUUGAAUUGUCUUGACAUGCUAGCUUUGUUGGGGAAAAUGAUCCUUUUCUGACUGAGGACAAACUCACAGAACACUUCAAGCUUUCACAGUCAUUUGUCUGCUGAGGGUUUGCUCACAGUUCAGAGAACUUCGGGUUGAGACAAACGAAGACUUGGACAGAGGUCAGUUCCCUCCUUUUUGCGACACUAACACAUUGCAUAAUCAUAUUUAAAUGUUAAGUGUUACAGUGAAUAUUAUGGUACAAUAGUAGGAAUGCCUCUAAAACUGUAAGGUGAAGUUUUGGGACAUUUAAUCAGUCAAUCGUUUGAUUGUCACACUGAAUUGUUCUGUCCAUAUCUUGCAUAUGGAUGAAUGGCUCCACAUAUCUGAACCUUGUUGUCUCAAGAUGGCUGAUUUUGUCUCCUUCCUCCACUUUUUCUGCUAACAUAUCAGAAGAGCCUAAUUUUGAGAACAUAUGAGUCCAAAAUGUCCGUGAAUGCCAGACUCUUUGGCCAACAUGCUAGACGCUGUGUGGCUCUGAACACUAGUACUAUCCCCAUGGUGAAACAUGGUGGUGGUAAUAUCAUGCUGUGUAGGGACAGAAAAUGAUGCACAUCAAAGGAUAAUCAACUAGGAAUGACCUAGUGAAAGCCAAAGCUGAGAGUCUGUGUCAAAUAUGUUAAAUUAGUGGAUACAUACAUUAUGUAAACACUCAUCCAGUCUCAGUGAGCCAGAGUUGUUUUGCUAUCCCUUGUUAACAAAUUCAGUCUGCAGGUGUAAGGUCCAGGCAUAAAAACCCCAGAAGACUUAGAGCUGGAAUCACAGAUGAAGGUGGGUCUACCAAGCAUUUAUCCAGGCUUCCUGACUAAUGUUAUACAUGAGUUAUGAAAGCUUUUGCAAAGUAAUAUAACGGGAUGUGCUGUAUGAUUUCCUUUACACAAGUUGAAACAUAAACUCUCCUUUCUGCUGUAAUGUGAAAACUAGGGACCAGGGAACACUUACAGCUCCACCCCAGAAGAAGAUACAACCUUUUCCUCCUUUCCUCUCUCCCUCUCUCUCUCUCUCUCUCUCUCUCUCUCUCUGAGUCUUUACAUGUCCCCAUCCACUCUGGAGCAGCAUCACACCGGACCUGUUGGAGCUGAGAAGUGGGGUUGUUCAGGGUUCUGAUUUCGGGUUAAGAGCACAAAGUUGGCCGGGAUAAGGAACCAGGACGGAUGAUGCGUGUUGCGCCGAGCCUCCUCCGUGAAAGAAGAGUCUCUCAGCAGCUGAGAUGGGCGCCCUUCCUGGACUCUCACCUUCGUACCGGCCGCGGGGAGACCGCCGCCGCCGCGCCGCGCUGCUGCUACCUGUAGUGGCGGCCGCGCUUCAGCUUUGUGUCGCUUUUAACCUGGACGCGGAGGGACGCUCCGUUUUCACGGGAAAGCGGGGGAGUUAUUUCGGAUAUUCCGUGGAAUUCUUCGGGAACUCAUCCAGUAUCAGUGUCCUUAUUGGAGCUCCAAAAGCCAACACCAGUCAGCCGAACGUCACCGAGGGAGGAGCUGUGUACCGUUGUUCCUGGAGCCAGAACAACUGCAGCGUUAUCAACUUUGACCAGCAAGGUGACCGCCAUUUUUACAUAAAUGGUGUGAACACUCAAGUUGAGUUCAAGUCCCAUCAGUGGUUUGGCGCUAUUGUGCGUUCCCAUGGUAACAGCAUCUUGGCCUGUGCUCCCAGGUAUUACUGGAGGACAGAACACGACACGCCGUUCUCUGACAUCACAGGAACCUGCUACCUCUCUGUUGACGCUCUCAAAACCUUUGUGGAGUUCGCCCCGUGCAGAACAGAAAGACACGGCCCUGCUGGACAGGGUUACUGUCAGGGAGGAUUCAGUGCUGACUUUACCAAGGAUGGAAGGGUUGUUCUUGGAGGGCCUGGCAGCUUUUACUGGCAAGGUCAGCUGAUUUCAGCCACUGCAGAGGAGAUCGUUAAGGCCUACUACCCGUCCUACUUCCUGCUGUCGGUCGCUGGACAGAUUCAGACCCGGCAGGUCCAGGGGAGCUACGACGACAGCUACCUGGGUUACUCUGUGACCAGCGGCGAGUUCAGUGGGGACGCUGAGGAAGAUUUCAUCGCAGGAGUUCCGAAAGGACUCAUGCUGUAUGGUUUAGUGUCCAUUUUAAGUGGGAAGGACCUGAAGUCUGUGCUGAACCUGACGGGUGAACAGAUGGGGUCUUACUUCGGCUACGCAGUGGCGGCUACUGACAUCAACAACGACGGAUUGGAUGAUCUGGUUGUUGGAGCGCCGACAUUCAUGCACCCGGGGUUCAACGGGCGUCUGGAGGAGCUGGGGAAAGUGUACGUUUACCUCCAGAGGGGCCCGCUGCGUCUGGAGCCGGCUCAGACCCAUCUGCUGGGCUCACAGGUCUUCGGUCGGUUUGGCACCUCUCUGGCUCCUCUGGGUGACCUCAACCAGGAUGGCUUCAACGACGUGGCCGUCGGCUGUCCGUACGGCGGAGACCAGCAGCAGGGCGUGGUCUUCAUCCAUAACGGUCACGCAGGAGGUCUGAAGGACACGCCCACUCAGGUUCUUUCUGGCCAAUGGGCUUCCAGCUCUUUCCCUGCCAGCUUCGGCUUUGCUCUGCGAGGCGACAUGGACAUCGAUCAGAACGGCUACCCAGAUCUGAUUGUUGGUGCUUUCGGCCUUGAUAAGGCCGUCCUGUACAGAGCGCGGCCGAUAGUGAGAGCCGGUGCUUCUCUCACCGUGCAGCCGGCCAUGUUCAGCCCGGAGGAGAAGACCUGUUCGCUCAUCACAGAAGAGAGAAACGUCUCCGUUUCCUGUGUGAGCACCAGGUUCUGUCUGGAGGCCUAUGGGAAGCACCUCCCCUCUCAUUUAGGCUUCCUGGUGGAAGUGCAGCUAGACAGAGCAAAGCAGAACCAGAAGGAGUCUGUGAGGAGGGCGCUGUUCCUGGAGAGCCAGCAGCCCACCCUGCUGAGGACCCUAAACCUCACAAAUGGUCAAAGGUUCUGCCAUGAAAUCAAAAUCUACCUGCGGGCCGAGGACGAGUUUCGGGAUAAACUCUCUCCCAUCGACAUCAGCCUGAACUUCAGUCUGGAUGGUCGGGUGGCGGCGGAUCAACACGGCCUCAGUCCCAUCCUCGACUACCAGACAGAGCAACGUGUGGAGCAGAAGGCCCAGAUUCAGCUGGACUGCGGAGAGGACAACAUUUGUGUCCCUGACCUCAAACUGGCUGUUAUUGGUGACAAAUCAGAGGUCUACCUGGGCGACGAAAAUGCCUUGAGCUUGAUCUUUAAUGCCAGGAACGAGGGAGAGGGAGGGGCUUAUGAGGCGGAGCUGUACGUGGUGCUGCCUCCAGAGGCCGACUACAGUGGGAUCGCACGCAACAACGGGAGUCUGACUCAGCUGACCUGCAGCUACGAGGCCGAUAACCAGACCCGCCGUCUUGUGUGCGAUCUGGGAAACCCCAUGAAAUCUGGCAGCAGCUUAUGGGCCGGCCUUCGAUUCACUGUGCCGAGACUGACAGACGCUAACGAUGUUGUCCAGUUUCAGCUCCAAAUACGAAGUAAAAACUUCAAUAACUCUGACAGUAACGAGGUUCUGCUGGAGGUGCAGGUUGCUGCCAAGGCUGAGGUGAUCCUGCAGGGUGUUUCUCGGCCAGACAAAGUCAUCUUCCCUCCUCCCAGCUGGAGCGCCCGUCAGAGCCUGGGGGCGGAGCAGGACGUUGGCCCCGAGCUGCAGCAGGUUUAUGAGUUGGUGAACAACGGCCCCAGUGUAGUGAGCCGCACGACGUUAGAGGUGAGGUGUCCCCUGAGGAACCAGGGCCACGCUCUGCUCUAUCCUGUGGAGGUGAUCACUGUGGGCCCACUCAGCUGCUCCUCCAAAACAACCUUCAAUGCACUGAAACUCAAGCUUCAGGCUCCAGUGUCAGAAAGUCCUGCAUUGUUAAAGUCCAGCACUGAGCAUUACGUCUGGAGGAGGGAGGAGAACAGGGAUCCUCUGGCUGAACACGGAAACCUGACGUGCAGCUCAGUGGAAUGCUGGAAGCUGCACUGUGAUGUGAACCGACUGGAGAAAGGCAGCAGCGUCAUCCUGACUGUACGCUCCAGACUCUGGGCUGAGACCUUCAUGGAGCGCCCAUACAAGCAGCACAUCCUGGAGUGUUCAGUCCGGUAUGAAGUGAACAAGAUGCCGUACGCCAUUCCUCCCAAAUUCAAGUCAUCCGGGUCAAAGAAGGUGCUGGCGUCUGUGAUGUGGAGCAAGCCAGACAAUCAGUUCUCAGUUCCAGUGUGGAUCAUCAUCCUGGCUGUUUUAGCUGGGCUGCUGCUGCUGGCGGUGCUCAUAUAUCUGCUGUACAAGAUGGGCUUCUUCAAAAGGUCAGACCCCUACGGAACAACCAUGGAGAAGGCCCACCUCAAACCCCAGGCGUCCUCUGAAGCUUAGAUCGAAGAAGGAGUUUCUCCUUCUUGUUCCAAAGAACUGGAAAAGAUCGCCGCCUUCUCAGGCGAGGGAAGGAACUCACUGAUCGUAAGCUGGCACCCCAUUUGUGCAGGGUCAUUUAUGGGUGCUGUAUCACUGGAAUAAUGUUAACCUGGUGCUGCACUAAAAUACCAAAGAAGAGGAGACUGAGUCAGUGCAGCUAAAGAAGCAUUGCUGUUUUGGACACCAGUUUGGACAGUCAGGUCCUAAUUGGACGCUCAGGCUUGAGGAAAAGGCUAAUCUUAUGCGAACCAAAGAAAACAAAUGCAUCUCCAACAAACAGCACUAAAGUUCCAGCUUUGCUUCUUUCCAAAAAUGUUGACUUUUUAACCAAGCUUGGCCCUCGUGUUUGAUAUCUGUUGAAAUUCCUGCUUUUUUUAUUGAUCUGAUCACCACUUAUUUAUGGCACAGUGAUUUUUGUUGAAUGUUACUCUGUACUGUCUGCAGGGAACACCUGAUCAAACUGCAAUGUCUGACUUGAAUUAUUCCUCUCCCAUAUUGGGAGGUUUUAUGUAUGUAUGUAUUCAUUCACUGUGUUGACCUUAUUGGUGUUGUGGCUCCGAAUAAAGCUGAAUUUUGUAUAAUCAUCUAAAA